CCAUACAACCGUUCUUCACAUCCAAGCCUCUGAUUGGCUGUCACGCUGGAGGAGGGGUUUUUAACCUGCUAAACAAGGAAGUGCCUUUUUUCAGUCACAAGAUGCUUUCCUUUAAAAGUGGCAUUUCCUUCUAGUGACACAGACUUGGUUCCGACUGGACAUCAACACUCUGCUUCUGUUUCAGCUCGUUUUCUGUCUAAAUAACUUCCUCGUUUCACUUUUCUGGACCGGAGCGCGCGCGCUUGAAGAUGGGAGUCGGAGGUAAAAGUCGCGCGGUCAACUGGAUGAUGAUCGUGGUCAUGAUCCUCCCGGUAACGUUAGCGGCUCCGAGGCCGCACAUCGUCUUCAUCAUGGCGGAUGACUUCGGCUGGAACGAUGUGGGCUACCACAACUCCGAGAUCAAGACCCCGAACCUGGACCUGCUGUCCGCCAAAGGCGUCCGCCUGCAGAACUACUACGUGCAGCCGCUGUGCAGCCCGUCCAGGAACCAGCUUAUGACGGGCAGGUACCAGAUCCACACGGGCAUGCAGCACCAGAUCAUCUGGCCGUGUCAGCCCUACUGCGUCCCUCUGGACGAGAAGCUGCUGCCCCAGCUCCUGAAGGAGGCGGGCUACGCCACCCACAUGGUGGGCAAGUGGCACCUGGGCAUGUACAAGAAGGACUGCCUGCCCACCCACCGAGGAUUCGACUCCUACUUCGGUUACUAUUUGGGCAGCGAGGAUUACUACACGCACACCCGCUGUUACCCCAUCACCGCCCUCAACCUGACCCGCUGCGCGUUGGACCUGAGAGACGGCGAGGAGGUCGCCACGGCGUACAAAGGAGCUUAUUCCACCGAGCUGUUCAGCCAGCGAGCCGUCAGCGUCAUCGCCAAACACAACGCCAGCCAGCCGCUGUUCCUCUACGUGGCGAUGCAGGCGGUCCAUGAGCCUUUGCAGGUGCCGGAGCGCUACGUGACCCCCUACAGUUUCAUCAAAGAUGUCAGCCGCAGGAAGUACGCCGGCAUGGUGUCGGCCAUGGACGAGGCGGUGGGCAACAUCAGCCUGGCUCUGCGGCAGGCCGGACUCUGGGACAACACGGUCCUCGUGUUCUCCACCGAUAACGGAGGUCAGACGAGAGCAGGUGGCAGCAACUGGCCUCUGAGGGGCAGGAAGUGGGCGCUGUGGGAAGGGGGCAUCCGCGGGGUCGGAUUCGUCAGCAGUCCAUUGUUGGAAAACCCCGGAACCGUUAACAACGAACUCAUGCACAUCUCCGACUGGCUGCCCACGCUUGUCAGAUUGGCGGGAGGCAGCACUAGCGGGACCAAGCCUCUGGACGGGUUUAACAUGUGGAACACCAUCAGCAAAGGCUUCGCCUCACCCAGACUGGAGCUGCUGCACAACAUCGACACUCUCUAUGAGGACACGUCUCCAUGUCCUGGCAGGCAGCAACAGUUAACUUUGGCUCAGGGUUUUAGAGGCGAAACGUGGGCCAGAUCCAGCUUCAAUGUGUCCAUUCACGCCGCCAUCCGAUACCUGAAUUGGAAGCUGCUAACGGGAUACCCAGGCUGUCCAACGUGGUUCCCCCGACCAGAACAUAACACCUCUGAGUCCAGUUCCACCAGCGUGGAUCCCCUGAAGCCUGUGAUGCUGUUCGACAUCCAAAAAGAUCCAGAGGAGAGAAAUGAGGUGUCGGCUCAGUUCCCCGCCGUUGUCGACUAUCUCCUCACCAGACUUCAGUCUCAUCUGAAAAAUUCUUUGCCCAUAAACUUUCCCGACGAUGACCCCCGGUGUGACCCGGGUCCCUCUGGAGCCUGGGGUCCGUGGGCUUAGGUGAAAAGGAUGGUGGAGACGUAUUUGUACCUUUUUCAUGUAUUGCACUAUUUGCAGGGAAUGUCCUUUUGAAAUUGUGUUGGAUCAUUGAAAAAAAAAAAAAAAAAAAAAAAAAAAAAAAAAAAAAAAACUGUUUACUUUUGCCAAAUGCCAAACUGUCGUGAUUACGGUCUGUAUUAUUUUUUUUUGUUUUGAGUGAUUUAUUCUUUUGUUUUGCCGCACAUGUUGUCAUGUCUUCUCUUUCGGGUCUUUGCACCUCCUUAAUCUGCUGUUCAGAAGCUGCAGACAUGGGAAUGUUCCACAAACAACACAGAAGUAACAGGACAUAUUCAUCCUGUGUGAUUCCAGAAUGUAGAUUUGUUUAUAAUGGAAAACAUUUAUGAAAUGCUUUAUUUUUUAAACUUUACAUACUGUUAAAAUACAAAUGUGGUUAUGUAUCAGAAUUAGCAGUUUGAGUUUUUUAUUCUCAGCAGUUUUUUUUAAGUAUAUUAACUUAUAGAACAAAAAAUGUAUGAGAAGGGCGAUUAAAUGUAAGUCAGUGGAUUUUUAAAGGCAACAAAUAAAUCAGAGAAAUGUCUUUACAAGGCUUCUUAAUUAGCAUUUACAAAUCAAAAGCAUAUUUAUAUUAAAACAUUGGGAAAUCA